AUGACCGUUAGGCUAUGACCUUCGAUUAAUUCGCCAUUUUAUUCUUCUCUGUUCGGUUUGGUUAUUUCUGACGGUUAAUUGUUAUUGUACAAUUUAAAAACAAACGAAUAUACUUCGUCUCAGCAAUAUUUCAUGCCAAGAUGUAUAAGUAUUUGAGGGGCUUCUUUGAGAAGAUUGGCAUCGUGAAGGAGCUGGAUACGAUCGACGAAGACGAAAUCGUACAGGCUCUCUACAACGACGACGGCGAUGAGUACAACCUGACCAAGAUCCAAAAUUACAUGUGCCAGAGCUAUAAAGGCAAGGUGACCCAUCUGAACGACCGCGUAGCUGUCAUCGACUACCAGUACUACUUCCAUCUCAAGAACACCCAAUUGUCGCACCUGAAGAUCGGCGAUGUCGUUACUUGCAAGCUGUACACCAAGGACCUCGACACGCUUGUCCGUUCUGUCCAAAAGGUCGAUGGCGAAUCGGAAGAUGAAUACGAAGUCAUCGACGAAAAGAAACAAAGAAACCUCGAAGGAUUAACAGAAUUAAAAAUAACAGGGAAAAUUGUUAAAAAGGUCGUGAGGAAAAUCACUAUUGAAACGAGGGAUGAAGAAUAUCCUAUUGUCGAGUUUAAUAUGGAUAAUGUACGAGCUGAAUUCAUCCCUAUGGCAGGAGAUAUUGUUGAGCUUGAAUGUCUAAUUCCUGAUGGCUCAAAUCCUGAUUUGCAACACCCAGCGAUGACGGUCGAAAUGGUACUCCCUAAGAAAACAAUGCUGAAGCAUGGAGUCGUCACCGAAUGGGACAGUGUUCGUGGCGUGAUAACAGGUUUUGCCGAAUUCACCGUGCACACUUGCGAGCCCGGCUACCAGCCUACAGUCGGCGACAAAGUUCUGGCUAGUGUGAUCCGUAGUGAUCAGAACGGAUACUCCUGGCGGGCGGUUCAGGUGGUCCCUCAGAGCAGGCAAUUUGACACGAAACUAUCGAAACAGCACGAGGAAGCUAGGCGAGAUCUACUCAGAGAUAAAGAGGGUGUUUACAUUUCAAAAUGCGCAAAAUUUGAAAUAAAAUUAAACGACGUUAAAAAAUUCACAGUCGAGUUGAGUAACAAAAGCUUAACGACGAAAUAUCUCCUUCAGUGUUCUUCUCUCGCAAAAGCCGAUCUGUCGCAGCUCGUUCUCAUCAAGCCUGAGAAUGUCAAUAUGGAAAUCAAAGCUGAUUCAAUCAUUGGUUUUACUUUCGAGCUCAGGGGACGGUUUUUGGGCAGGUCAUCUGAGCAGUUUGUCUGGGUCUUUAACGGAUUCAAGAUUGGAAGGAUUUUCGAUAUCGAAGUCUACGAUACUGCGAUUAUCCCAACUUCUCCAAAUGUUGGCACCCAGAUACCUAGAAAGGAUGUAACAGCUACACAGCUUAUCGACAGGUCGUCAGGUGUCAUCAUGCCAGGCCGGAGGUCAUUUUCACCAGCCGCGUUCGUACCCGUUAAACUCGGGCAGUUUUCACUUUCUGACAAAAUCCUCAUGGCUGCCCUUCCGGACGAGAAGAUGAACCUGGACGAUCUUAUGUUGCGAGUUGAGAAGGUCCUGCCUUGCCUCAAGGAAGACCUACGACCCGAGACGUAUCUCUCGAGAAUGCACGGGCUCCUGUUUUUAGAAGAAGUCGCGAUGUUGAAGCAGGUCGGGGAGUUGCAACUUGAAAAGGCCACUUUUAAAAAAAAUGGCGAUUGUCUUAUUCUCGUCGUACCGGCACUUAGCCCAUACACGACAAAAUUAGUCGCAGGUGAUAUGCUAAUUGCUUCCUUACCGUACUCGUCAAACAUUGAUGAAAGGAAAUUUGAAGGCGUUAUACACAAAGUGACGCGUACUGAACUCUGGCUUCAAUUUGCAAAAGAUUUCCAUGAUUCUUAUGUAGAAGGGACUUAUUAUUCCGUUUCUUUUGUGACCAGCCGAGCAUCAUUAAGGAGAAUGCACCAGGCGAUUAAUCUCGCAGCAAAACACCUCGGCUUCGGUUGGCUUUUCCCAACAUUUAUUAAUCCUAGGCCACCUCAAGUGAUUGUUGAGCAAGCAGAAGAGAGCAUUACAAGUGUCCCUAUUAAGAAUAAAUCCAAUUCUGUCAAGGAAAUACCAGAGGAACUCUUUCGCCAACUAAUUAAGAAAUCUGGUGGGAUGAAGGGUGUCAAUCAAAUAAAUUAUCUGGUCGAGGAAGCUUCUAAGCUAAAAUCGCAACCUGCACAAGGUCAAAAGAAAAAAGAUUUCCACCAGCUGUACAGCCCUGAUCCAAGGAAGAUAUCUUUAAAAACAACCAACACAAAACUUAGCAUUGAACAGAAGCUGAUGCAAGCGGGCACUCCGGCUAGAGGCAGUUUUAACAGAGGGCGAGGGUUGAAAUAUGGUCGAGGAGGACGGGAGAUCAACUGGAACCGACACGGCUCCGGCUACGGCAUGCACUGCACAAUCGACAAUGAGUCCAAAGUCAAAAUAUCUGUCGAACAGAAAAAAACAAUCAGGUGGUUCAACAGAGGAUUGAACGCUCAGCAGAAAGAAGCAGUCAUAAAUGUACUCCUGGGGGAGGCAAGGCCACUCCCUUACGUUAUAUUUGGACCACCGGGUACUGGAAAGACUGUUACAGUCGUUGAAACAAUUCUUCAACUGCAUGCUCUCAUACCGGAAAGUAGGCUGUUAGUCGCUACGCCAUCGAACAGUGCUGCUGAUCUCAUUGCAGAAAGACUGCUUGAAUCUGGUGACUUAGAACAGGGCGAUUUGUUGCGCAUGGUCGGUUAUCACUACCUCGAGCAGGGGCGUAUAUCAGCCAGCAUCAUCCCUUACAGCGCCGUGCCCGAUGUUAAAGCAAUUAACAUAUCUGGAGCAAGUGGAAGUUCCCACGAGGGAGUACAGAUGUGUGGAAGAGAGCUUCUCGGACAGCAUAGGGUCACGGUCGGCACGUUGGGCUGUCUCGGACUUCUGUACAACAUGGGUUUCCCGAGGGGACAUUUUACCCACGUCAUCGUCGACGAAGCAGGACAAGCGACCGAGCCCGAAGUGUUAAUACCAAUGGUUUUUCUCCAUAUGCAGUUUGGGCAAGUAGUUCUCGCGGGUGAUCCUCUGCAGCUCGGCCCAGUAGUGACGUCGAGACUUGCGUCUAAAUGCGGUUUACAAGAUUCAUUACUCGCUCGUUUGCUCAACAGAUAUCCUUAUACACGAGAUAUAGAAGGAUUUUCCAGGACUUCUGGUUAUGAUCCAAGGCUUGUAACAAAGCUCGUUAAUAAUUACCGUUCCCUGCCGAGAAUAUUGAAACUUCCAAGCAUGCUUUUUUAUGACAACGAUUUAAUUCCAAAUGUGUCGGAAGUGGAUAGCGAAGAGGCCAAGAUAUUAAGGGCCAUCGGUGGAGCCCUGCCUUGCGGUUUUAACGGUCAUGCACCACCGUUACUCUUCCAUGGAGUUCGUGGCAAUAACCAACAAGAGAUUGAAAGUCAUUCUUGGUACAAUCCCGAAGAAGUGAUGCAGACUUUUAUGUACCUGAAUAUACUAUACAAAGCAGGCUUGUUGCCAGAACAGAUCGGAGUGAUCACGCCAUAUCAACUUCAAUCGAACAAGAUUAGGUUUAUGCUUGAAAAGAUGGGUGUCGAGGCGCCAAAAGUCGGCUCAGUCGAGGAGUUCCAAGGACAGGAGAAACUUGCCAUCAUCGUGUCCGUCGUUCGUAGCAGUCCGGAGCUGAUCAGCGUGGAUAUGCAGAAGGCUCUCGGCUUCGUAGCAAAUGCCCGAAGACUGAACGUGGCCCUGAGUCGUGCCAGAGCUUUGCUCAUCAUCCUGGGUAAUCCGCAUCUUUUAUCGCUGGAUAUGCACUGGAGCAGUGUUUUAAGACACUGUGUGAAGCAGAACGUUUACAUCGGCUGCGAUCUUCCAGCAGAUUUUAAAGUUUAAUUUUAAUAUAGUGUAAAUAAAGUUUUUAUUCAAGCCUUUUA